AUGCAAACAAAUUUAUUUAAUAAAUGGAAUAAAAUUAUUAAAAUAUCAAAAAUUGAAAAUUUUCAAGAAAUUAAUAAUAAAUGGUGGAAUAUAAUUAAUGAAAGAUAUAAUGAAAAACAAAGAUUCUAUCAUAACUUAACACAUAUAAAUGAAUUAUUAAAUCUUGAAGAACAAUUCAAUUGUAAAUUAAAAAAAUCAGAAGUUAUUCAAUGGUCAAUUUGGUUUCAUGAUAUAAUUUAUGAUCCAACAAGAAGUGAUAAUGAAGAACUAAGUGCAAAAUUAUUCAUUGAUUUUAGUAAUGAUGUAAAGUUAUCAGAACAAGUUAUAUCAGAUGUUAAUAAAUAUAUUUUAGCAACUGCAAAUCAUACAAAAGUUAAAAGUGAUGAAGAAAAAGAUACAGAUUUAUUAUACUUUUUAGAUAUGGAUUUAUCAAUAUUAGGUACAGAAGAAUCAGUCUAUAACGCAUAUAGUGAUGCAAUUAAAAAAGAGUAUUCUCAUAUACCAGAUGAUAAAUAUAGAAUUGGUAGAUCAAAGAUUUUACAAUCAUUUGUUGAUGCAGGUUAUGAAUCACUUUAUAAAACAAAUGAAUUUAAAGAAAUUUACGGUAAAAAAGCAAUUAAUAAUUUAAAAAAUGAAAUUAAAAAAUUACAACAAUAA